GGCUGCCGUCAGCUGACAGUCCGCUCCAUCCGCCGACAUCUUGCCUCAAACCGGAGGAGACCCGCCGGAGACAGAGCCUGCUUCUCACGGUCAAAACCUCCGGGUGGAGAGACGCCGGAGCCCGUGUGGUUCUCUGUGAGAGCCCGGAGACACAGCAGCCUCUCUGCAGAGCCGUGACUCUUCAUUAUGAGCUCUGACUGAGUGACUGUCAGCCAUGAUUGGAGGACUCUUCAUCUACAACCACAAGGGGGAGGUGUUGAUCUCCAGGGUGUACCGCGAUGACAUCGGGAGAAAUGCGGUGGACGCGUUCCGUGUUAACGUCAUCCACGCCCGGCAGCAGGUCCGCUCCCCGGUCACCAACAUCGCCCGGACCAGCUUCUUCCACGUCAAGCGUUCCAACAUCUGGCUGGCGGCGGUCACCAAGCAGAAUGUCAACGCCACCAUGGUGUUUGAGUUCCUCUACAAGAUGUGCGACGUCAUGUCCGCCUACUUUGGAAAGAUCAGCGAGGAGAACGUCAAGAACAACUUCGUGCUCAUCUACGAGUUGCUCGACGAGAUUCUGGACUUUGGUUAUCCUCAGAACUCAGAGACAGGAGCUCUGAAAACCUUCAUCACUCAGCAAGGCAUCAAGAGUCAGCACCACAGCAAAGAGGAGCAGUCUCAGAUCACCAGUCAGGUCACCGGGCAGAUCGGCUGGAGGAGAGAAGGAAUCAAAUACAGGAGGAACGAACUUUUCCUUGACGUGUUGGAGAGUGUCAACCUGCUCAUGUCCCCGCAAGGUCAGGUGCUCAGCGCUCACGUCUCAGGUCGGGUGGUGAUGAAGAGUUAUCUGAGUGGGAUGCCUGAGUGUAAGUUUGGGAUGAACGACAAGAUCGUCAUCGACAAGCAGGGCAAAGGAGGAAGUUCAGAGGACGGAGCCAAGAGUGGUAAACAGUCGAUAGCGAUCGAUGACUGCACCUUUCAUCAGUGUGUUCGUCUUAGUAAGUUUGACUCCGAACGCAGCAUCAGUUUUAUCCCUCCGGACGGCGACUACGAGCUCAUGAGGUAUCGCACCACCAAAGACAUCAUCCUGCCCUUCAGGGUCAUUCCUCUGGUCCGAGAGGUCGGUCGAACCAAACUGGAGGUUAAAGUCGUCAUUAAGUCCAACUUCAAGUCGUCGCUGCUCGCUCAGAAGAUCGAGGUCCGGAUCCCCACCCCCCUCAACACCAGCGGGGUGCAGCUCAUCUGCAUGAAGGGAAAAGCGAAGUACAAAGCCAGCGAGAACGCCAUCGUCUGGAAGGUGAAGCGCAUGGCGGGGAUGAAGGAGUCUCAGAUCAGCGCAGAGAUCGAGCUGCUGCCCAACGAUAAGAAGAAGUGGGCUCGUCCCCCCAUCUCCAUGAACUUUGAGGUCCCCUUCGCCCCCUCCGGUCUGAAGGUCCGAUACCUGAAGGUGUUCGAGCCCAAGUUGAACUACAGCGACCACGACGUCAUUAAAUGGGUCCGUUACAUCGGACGGAGCGGCAUCUACGAGACCCGCUGCUGACCGCCGCCGGGCACCAUAACAUCGUGUGUGUGUGUGUGUGUGUGUGUGUGUGUGUGUGUGUGUGUGUGUGUGUGUGUGUGUGUGUGUGUGUGUGUGUGUGUGUGUGUGUGUGUGUGUGUGUGUGUGUGUGUGUGUGUGUGGUCAAAAAGUCGUGCUGCACUUUUACAGAAACUUUAUUAGGUACAUGUUGACGAACAGAGCAGCCAAACACGUUCCAGGAAACAUUUCAUAGUUAACAACAACGGGAGGUUUUUACCAGCAGCAGAAUUCUCCACAGCGGUGCAUCAUGGGAGUUUGGUUUGGUGGUGCAGCAGCGGUGCAUCAUGGGAGUUCUUCUCUCCUCUGAUUCAAAGGUUAAACAUCAGAGUUUCUCCUGCACGCUGUUCGGCUGCCGCUAACGU